GGGGAGCGCAGAGCCACCCUCGUCUCUCUCCUCCUCGCUUUCUCUCCCUUCUUCAACCGCCAUCAACAUCCCCACGCCCCAUUCUCCGAGCUCCAUCAAUGGCGGAAUCCGAGAGAACGGAGGCGCUGAAGAGGGCGUAUGCGGACGUGCUGGUGAACACGGCGAGGAGCGCCGCCGCCGCCAAGGAGGACGCCCUCGCCACCAUGCUCCGCCUCAAGGCGAUCAUGGAUUCUAAGCUUAAAGAAGCAGAAAUACAAACUUCAGGUCAUGUUAGAAGAAUUCAGCAACUCGAAGUUCAGCUACAUGAGGCGGAAGAUACUAUAAAGUCUCUUCAAACAGAGCUUAAAAGAACAAAUGGUGAAUUGGAACAUGUGAAGAAAAACCUAGCCGAUUCAUCUAUUAGGGAAAACGGAAAUGCCCGCCCUAGCUUUGAUAAUGUGAAUUGCCGGGAGAACAACCAAACUACCGUUUCCAAUGGCGUGUGUUUCUCCUCUGGAUCUCAAUUAGAUUCCGAAAUAAAUGGUCCUGAUCUAGUGUCUGCUAUGAUGAGAAGCAAAGUUCGCAUGGGACGGACUCAACGUGUUCGAGCAUUUGGACAGAAUUUUCCCAAGGAUAAUAGUAAGCCUACUAUUUUAUUGGACAAGGGGAAACCAGUUCAUAAAUCAUGUAGUUAUAAUUGCUCCGAUAUAAGCAGUGGAGACAACUGUGCUGCAAUCUAUGAAAAAAUCAUGCCUGAUAAAAAUGUGAGUUGCAGAAAUACAGAAAUAUGUGCGAAUGCUCCUUUUGAAAAGGAAAGUAUUGGACUCUUUCAAUGCACAAGAGGAAGAGCGAAAAGACCAAGUAUUACAAAGCAAAGCCAGUUGGAUUCUGAGAAAGCAGCUGGCCAUAGCAGUGGAUUCGUUGUCAGUGAGGGUAUUCAAAACAUAUCAACUAAUUCGCUGCCAAAGGAAAAUCUUAAGUCUAAUUGUAGAGAGAAGUCUGAGAAGGCUGCUUCGCCGAUGAGUGAAUCUGAACCCACGGAUGAAAAUACUAUUGAAUGCCAUGGAAAUUCAGUUCAAGCUGAGAGUGUUAGAUUUCUGAAAUAUACAUUCCAGAGGAAGCGGAAGAGAGAAUCUUUGGACAGCAAUGCGGAGAGUGUUAUCCCUGACAAUCAAAGUGAUUUGAAGAGAAUGGUUGAUGAACGCAAUUCUGAAGUGAAGUCACAGAAAACUAGCCUAAUUGUGGAUUCCCCUCGAAGCGAUAGGCGGCUUAUGCAGGUUGCUCGCCAGCUCAUUUCCUUAUCUUCGAAAAGGUGGUGAGUGUCUACCAACACAAUGAACAAGAAUUGCUCCUUAACUAUGACCAGCAUUUAUCCUCAAUGACGAUGAAAAGUCGACCCAACAGAGAUUGCUCAAACUCUGGAGUUCAUCAUAAUGUACCGGAGUGCCAUAAAUGAGAGUGUUUCUCAUGUUCCUCAAUCAAGAGCAAACAAAUAGGGCACCAUCCACAAAGGAAGAAAACUCCACUUGCUUCUGUAAUGUACAAACAAAGCACGCGCGCCUGUAUGUUGUUCAACAAUAGCUACUAAUAGGUCCAUGAUCGUAGAGAAAUGUUCCAGCUAUUACUUAAGCGUAACGCUGUAUUAAGAGGUUGAGAUAUGAUUGGAGGUGAACGUUCUUUAAGUUGUUUUCUCUUUUCUGGUUU